AUGUAUUCGGAAGAGGAUAUAAAUCAUGAGGAACCUUCAAGCCUUGACACCCUGAAGCAAAAGUUUGAUCGAUUAUUCGAAGCUUCAAAAUUUCAAAAUUUUGCGACCGUGUCCGUUGUGACAUUUAUUGGAUUUUCACAAAGUGACACGACUUCGAAAAUAAGUUCAAUCGCUAAUGCAAUUAUUGAAAAGAACGUGUUUGGACAAUCGGCCUGUUGCGUUAAAAAUUGUAACUGUCGGUCUAACAGAGCGAGUUUAGUGGCAACAAAUGGUAAAAAUCACUGUUUAUGGAUGCAUUGCGAUCCAUCAAAGAAUACGAUAUAUCUUUUGAUGGAUUCAGUAAACAAUUCUGAAACAUUUUUACAAUUAUGGCAGGAGGUUCAACCUACCAUUGAGAAUGAGCAAGAAUUUCAGAGUCAAAUUUGGAAAGAUGAACAUGUUUGCUUGCGAAUGUUAGUGUUCGCAUUUAUGUUAUCUCAUGUGGUGGUAUUGGCACAGCCGAUAUCAAAAUUAGAUUCCAAUAUGGUUUCCUUGCUUCGAACCCUAUCUUCAGUCAAACGGCAUAUUAUGCCACAUGCGAAUAAUUUCAUUAAUUUGUGCCUGAACCAUUUAGAGAUACCUCUACCAUAUGGAACAUCUUUCAUGGGCGGAUACGGUGGUAGUAGCCGAACGGGGACUGCUCAGGGUGGAAUGAUGACACCUGGACGAUGUGUUCCUUUCAUCAUUUUUUUAUUUCAGGAGGUUCAACUAUCUACCGUCUCUAUAAUAGAUGGAAAUAAAUCAGAAGCAAGUAGCAUAAAAAGGAUAAAAGAAGCUUUACAAGCGCGUAUUCGCUUUUUAUUUCGUACAUGCCAUCUUGUGCAAACUAGUGAUUUGCAUGCGUCAUUUGAUAGCCGUCAACUCUUUACACUCCCACCUCCUUCUUCACAAUUCUUUAUUCAUCUUAUAACGCGUGGGUCUACGGGCAAUUUAUUGUCAUCAGAUCCACCUUUUGCUUUCAUCUCUAACAUAAAGCCUCAUGAAAAUGAAAAAAUGGACAUUGAGUCUUUAUUGCGUAGGCGCAAACUUGAUUUAAGAAAUGCUGACCAUUUUGAAAUAAAAUUAUUAAAAGAUUUUGCUCUUGGUUGGAUAAAAUGGGCUGCAACUGGUUAUCCGAGGAGUUUUAUUAAGCGUGGAAUGGCACCAAGCGAGCUUCCGAAUGCCAAGCAGUGGAUUGCAGGUUGUAUUGCCCUACAAGAGUUAUUAUUUGGCAAACUUGGGAAAAAGAUUUUAGAACGAAAAAGUUUCAGUGCCGUAGAUGAUACCCUUAAUAGGAGAUUAAAAGAUUGUGUGCAAGUUAAUAGUCGAUAUUCUGCAAAUCAUUGUGCUCAAGUGUUGAGGAAAGCUAUCGAUAUAUAUUUGUUAGAAUCACCUACAUAUUAUACUAAACAAUAUCACGAAAUUAAGGCAAAUCAUGACUCAGAUAAUGUUGAUGGGGAGAAAUGUAAUGUUAAAAAAGCAGUAAGGCACAGGAGUGCAUUUCAAGCACUUCAUGCAUGCAAUUGUGGGAGAAGUUGCCGAGAAAGAGAAGACCCAUUUGAUUUAGUGGAUGCCAAUGUAACUUUCUUCCAAUUUCCAAAUUGUUGUAAUUCAGAAGGUUAUAACUACCUCGUAUUACCCAUUGAGCACCAAAUUUCCACUUCAAUGUGGUCACUCAUGCAGAUUGGUUCUGGUUCAACAUAUCGUUCUAAUUCUGGUUUAGAUAAAUUGGAAGGCUUUAUCACAAAUGCGAAUUUCCUUUUACCACUGGAAAUUCCAUUGAUAGCUAAUUUAACGAAAAAAGUUCAAGAUGAAUUGACGAGAGUGAAAGAAACGCACGGGUGGACAAUUGAUGUAGUUGGUAAUGAUAUCAAUAAAGUUAAGAAAUCUAGAAUGAAAGAAGAUAAGUUGAUCAAUCCCUCAAGAAAAGGAUUUAAACAAAAAGGAAAAAAUGGAGAUGAUACAAAGAAUGACUGCGGAUCUACGUGGCCGAUAUUAGGAAGUGAAAAUAAUCAGCAAUGGACUAUACCGUCAGCGUUUUAUUUAAAUGAAUUUAUCCAGUUGAUUCGGGAUGUUCAAAAGAAUCCCAUACAACUAGAUGAAACACAAUCUGUCAUAUCAAAUGUGCAAUGUUUCAAGACCGGUGAUAUAAAUAAAGAAAAACGUAAUAGGUGUGAAAGUAAAAAUAGUCAAAAGAAGGAAAGUGAAAAAAUAGUGCCACCUUUUGUAACAGUAACUCCUGUGACAAAGGAUAUUACCAAAGGCGAACAUGCAUUGCUUAAGGGAUACCUAGGCGUUGAGUACGAGUGUCCUCUUGGUCAUAGAUUUAUGAGUUGCGGUGGUGGACAAGUCUGCAAGCUCGGACAUGCAGGACAUAUCAAGGAAACAGCGCAUAACAUAUUAGAGCAGGAUCUACCCAUAUAUAUUCUUUGUCCUUGUAGUAGUUCGACGAACACUUUAACUAUAGCUCAACUGCAACGGAUAAUUAUUGUAACACCUGAUUCAUCAGUAAUGAUGGUGUUGAACCCAAUUAUCAAGGAUGACGCCAUAAUAUCACCGAUGUUCAAUUUACAAAGUGAUGAUCAUAUGUUUAGAGGGAUUUCAUUACCAAGAAACAUUAUUAUGUCCGUUAAAUUGUUCGUUGGUGGUUUAGCAUGGGGAACUGACGACCGUUCUCUUAGGAAUAGGUUUGAAGAGUAUGGCAGCGUUGAGGAUGCCGUUGUCAUUCGCGAUCGUGACACUGGUGAGUGUGUUAUCAUGGCAACUGGUUUAUAA